AUGUUAAAAGUUUUCUGGAUGAUCUGCGUCGUGGUGUCCUGGUUUGGAUCGGCCUUGCUGAUCAGUGCAUCGCUGGAGGCCUUCCGAACCAGCGCCAUCUCCUUCGUGAUGGAAACAAGCUAUCGCGAUUGGGAUACGAAGUUUCCAUCGAUCGUGAUCUGCGAAAUGCGCAACAUGGAACGCAUCCAGAUGGUGGCGGAUAGCCUGUGGGGCGAAGAACACGACUUUGCGAUGGAGGAAAUUUUGAAUGAAAUCGGUUACUUCCGGGGAGAGUCAUACCACACGGUGAAUGAGUGCAACGGGGAUGAACCGAUCGAGAAUUGUUUUCACGGCAAUUUUUCUUAUUACGCUGGUUUGGUACGAAGUCCCUGCGAAGAGACGAUAGAGCAAUGCUUUUGGAAUGGGCGCCCCUUCGAGUGCUGCAAGUAUUUUCAACCGAUGGAAACGGAGAUCGGACUCUGCUACGCGGUAAACUCGAUACAGACUAGCGCCCGGGAUCCGCUGUAUAUUGAUAUGAAAUCAAACAAAUAUACGGGACCAGGGAAGCUAAAAAUCACUGUUCUUACUGAAGCCUAUGUCUACACGCUGGCGGAAGAAGAUGUGCCGAAUUUGAUUACCCCAAAGUCAGAGGUCCUGGUCAUUGACUAUUUCAUCGCAUAUAAUCGUCAAAUUUCCGUCAAGAAUAUCGAGAACGACCCGGAGACGAAACAGGUCAGCGUGGAGCAGCGCAUGUGCCGUUAUCCGGACGAGAACAAUUUGAAUGUCCACAAAUACUACAGCUACAGUGCCUGUUCGGUGCAGUGUCGGAGGGACAAACAGUUGCAGUUAUGCAACUGCACCAGUCAUCUCAUGCCGAACACUGACCCCACGCUGAAGUGCAACAUGACCGGACUGGCCUGCCUGAAUGAGCACUACGAAGAGCUAACGAUCAUACUGCCCAAGUGGUCCACCGGGAAGAAGGGUGUCGUUUGUGACUGUUUGCCCUCGUGCACCGAGGUGGACAUCGCCAUCAUACAUGACUCGCGCGAGAGUCUCUACAACCGGGAAAAGCGUUGCUCGACGAUCGAAAUCGAACUGUCCCAAUUACCGACGGAGCGGUACAGGCGGAACGUGGUGCGCGGUCGGCUCGAUUUGGUGGUCUCGAUAGGUGGUACGACGGGACUAUUCGUUGGAGCCAGCUUGUUGUCAUUCGUCGAGAUUGUCUACUAUUUCACGAUUCGUCCCUAUGGGACGAUCUACAUGAGGAAAAACCAUUUGCAGAUAGUGAAAGAGCGACAGUAACACGUUUGGAAUGAAUGUCGAUUUACAGCAUUGAAGCAGGAAAUGAGCAAAUUAAAUAUUUUAAUUAUUUUCCCUACUAUGUUGCGUGUGGCGGGGCAAACUUCUGGUUGACAUAUUUUCAGUGUGAUGAUAUUAAUGGUGCACCUUUGAAUCGAUAUAGAGGUAAAUAAAUAACAUGUUGAU